UACUCUUCCUUCCGACGCUAUUCUUGGUUGUCAGAGCCUCGCAGUGUACCUUCAUCGGCUAUAAUCGUUGAUUUGAGCGAAAACAAAUAAUGACUUCGCUUCUCGUGCCGGAAAUUCCGCCAGCAGGCUUUUCCUUCGAUCUCUGUCAAAGGAACAAUGCAUUGGUCAAGAAAGGUUUUGCUGCUCCAAAAGCAGUAAAGACAGGCACUACCAUCGCUGGUGUAGUAUACAAGGAUGGUGUCAUUCUCGGUGGUGAUACAAGAGCCACUGAGGACACCAUUGUGGCUGACAAAUACAGCUUGAAGAUCCAUUAUCUUGCUCCCAAUAUGUACUGCUGUGGAGCAGGUACCGCAGCUGAUACCGAAAUGACUACCGAGAUGAUAGCCAGCCAAUUGGAGUUGCACCGUCUGAACACCGGUCGCAUUGUUCCCGUCUGUACUGCCAACACGAUGAUAAAGCAGAUGCUGUUCCGUUAUCAGGGCCACAUCGGUGCUGCGCUCGUAUUGGGCGGCUAUGACAUCGAUGGACCUCACUUAUACUGUAUUUACCCGCAUGGUUCUACUGAGAAACAAAAGUACACCACCAUGGGAUCUGGUUCGUUGGCUGCGAUGGCAGUCUUUGAGAGCAGAUGGAAGCCGGACCUUUCGGAGGAGGAGGCGAAGCAAUUGGUGGCGGACGCGAUUCGCGCCGGUGUGUUCAACGACCUGGCGUCCGGCUCGAACGUGGAUCUCUGUAUAAUCCGCAAGAGCGGUGUGGAAUACUUGCGGCCGUACGACACCGCCAGCGUGAAGGGCGAACGACAGAUCAGCUAUCGUUACAAGCCCGGCACCACCGCGGUGCUCACUAAGACGGUGAAGCCGAUCAUCGUGGAGGAGGAGACGGUGCGCGUCAUCAGAGAGGAGCCUAUGGACACCUCCUCAUGAAGCUCCGUGUUAACUUAAUUCUCGGUGUUUUUAGCUCUAAGCUUAAGUCGUAAGGGAAUUUUCUAGGCGAGCGAAGUCUCCGUUGUAAAAUCCAAUCAGAUGUUUCUAAUAAAGAUCGUCGAGAUCACGAGGAA